CCUAUUGCGGCAGCCUAGAAUCAUUACCAAUUAGCAUCGAUUCAUCCCGAGUCAUUGCGCUGUUUUGAAAUCCAAUCGAUCUGUCCUCACGGGCAACUACUAAAAGCCCCAUAAAUCCCGACUGGCUGAACAAUUGUCGCCAGAAACAAUCACAUCAUCCUUCCUCAAAGCCAUCAUAACUGACUUUUCCCCCUUCUCGGUUCAGAUAUCGCGACAUCGCCUUUAGCUCACCAACCGUAAUAGAUACUUAGACGCAUCUCUUUUCCACGUCGCAAUCAUGGGUCUCACGUUCUCUAAGUUGUUCGACAAGCUCUGGGGGAAGAAGGAGAUGAGAAUUCUCAUGGUCGGUCUAGACGCUGCCGGAAAGACCACUAUUCUCUACAAGCUCAAGCUCGGUGAAAUCGUCACAACCAUCCCUACUAUCGGAUUCAACGUCGAGACGGUCGAGUACAAGAACAUCCAAUUCACCGUAUGGGAUGUUGGUGGGCAAGACAAGAUUCGUCCAUUGUGGCGACAUUACUUCCAGAACACCCAAGGUAUCAUCUUCGUUGUUGACAGCAACGAUCGUGACCGUAUCGUCGAGGCUCGGGAGGAGUUGCAGCGCAUGCUGAACGAGGACGAACUCCGUGAUGCCAUUCUCCUAGUCUUUGCCAACAAGCAGGAUUUGCCUAACGCCAUGAACGCUGCUGAGAUCACCGACAAACUUGGUCUUCACAGCUUGAGACAGCGCGCUUGGUAUAUCCAAUCUACUUGCGCUACUUCCGGAGAUGGUCUGUAUGAGGGUCUUGAGUGGCUCGCCACCACUCUGCGAAAGGCGGGACACCAGUAAACUGGAGGAGGCGCAGUGUCAUUUUCCCCCUUCCGACUCUCACCCAUGUUUCCUCUCCCUCGAUCUUAUGGGGUCGGUUGUAACUCGCAAAGUCAUCUUCCCGGAACAAUCGAUAGUCCAUAAAUCACGCUCAUCUCGGUACCUUCUCUCGCUUUCUUCGGUUGCGGUGGUUCCUGCAAAGUGAAGAACGCAA